AUGCUGAGUAACCUGCUUUUUCUGCUUCUUCUGCAUUUAGGCGCCACGACGAAGGAACCCCAAGUUGUAGCAACGGACAACAGUUUGUCGCCCCCAGAGGUCACAGCGGUGCGAGCAGUGUCUUCCCCAUGCGCGUGCCUAGAGGGUCAGUGUAGCUGUUGCACAGGAUUCAUCUUAGGACAACUGGGAUAUGAAAUUAAGCAGAGAGGAUGCAUGAAUCUGACGUAUGAACCAGAUGACUUCGCGUUCACAGUUGUUUUAUCGAUCAACGAUAGAGUGCUCUACAAGAAUACACUGUCUGGCAAGAACCCGAGGCCUGUGUGUGUCUCUGUGCCCAGAGUACCCAGUAUCAAGUUGUGUGCUGUGUUCAGCAAUGUGUACUUCGCUGGCAGAAACCUGCACAUGUGUAUUGACAUGGAGGGUCGGUGGUUGGGAACGACACUAUUCCAAGUGUCUUACGACUGCAUCCGAAUAGGUGCUAAUGGUAUUGCUCUACUGAAGCCCGAGGAUGAUGGUGGCCUCCCUCAUGUAACUUAUGUCACUGGAGAAGAAGAGGACUAUGAUGACAUGGAGGAGGAUGACGUGUGAAACACUGUCACAUAUACUGCGAGGAAAUAUUACGAAGGAGAGUCAGUAAAUAGGUCACAAAUA